UUAGUGUUUUUAAUUUAACCCAGAGACAGAGAGAAGGGAGAAUCUCGGGAGAGACAUAAAGCGAAGAUUGGUUGGUGAAGUUGUUGGGGAUUGGGCAAAAAAUAUCGAUGGCGACUUCGAAGCUUCAAGCUAUUUGGAAUCACCCUGCCGGACCUAAAACCAUUCAUUUCUGGGCACCAACGUUCAAGUGGGGUAUUAGCAUUGCCAACAUUGCAGACUUUGCUAAACCUCCAGAGAAACUUUCCUAUCCUCAACAAAUCGCGGUUACAUGCACUGGAGUUAUUUGGUCUCGCUACAGCAUGGUAAUUAAUCCGAAAAACUGGAACCUCUUCAGCGUUAAUGUUGCUAUGGCAGGGACAGGCAUAUACCAGCUUGCUCGUAAAAUUAAACACGAUUUUGCAACCGAAGCCGAGCCUGCUGUUGCAAACGAAUGAUUAUGAUGACGAAGCUGAGCUUUUAAAGGAAAACUGGAUAUCAUCUUGCUUCUGUUUGAAAAUCUAGUUCAAGAUAUUUGAUUUUCUUUGCAUUCCAAGUUUUUCUGACCGGAUUACGAUAUCAUUUUCAAGGUUUUUAAGGAUUCCUGUUUGAUAUUUGUUCAAAUGAUAAAGGAGGUCUAAAAGCUCCCUCUCUUCCUGUGCUGCUUUGAAAGUAAAUCA